AUGAACAACCCCAAUGGGACAACUGCAAUGGGACAUGAUAGCACCAUGGCCCAGAGUAAUGGAUAUGGGAGCGAUGCCUGGACAAGCAUGAGCCCUUACAGUCAAAGCCCAUAUAGCGCAAGCCCCUUGACUGAAUAUCCAUCCUUUGGCGCCUUUGUCAGUCAUGGACUGCCCUCGGAAUCAAUAAAUCGAAUGCCUCCUCCUCCACCGCAAACACAUCAGAUGAUACAGCCAUCCCCAACUCCUAUGGCUCACCAUCAACUGCCACUUUUGAAUACAACUUGGCCGAGCCAACUGACAAACCCUGCUCCGCCACAGAGUUACUCAGCACCACCCUUAUCAAUGACACCUGCUACCAGCGCACCGCCUGUGGAGCCCCCUAGGUUACCGACACAGCACGAGAAAUCGAGGAAGACUCUUACCACGGAACAGAAACGAGCCAUGUGCCAAUUCCAUGAAGAUAACCCUGGUACCCGACAAGCCGAUAUUGGAGCCCGAUUCGGCGUUGAAAGAAGCACCGUUUCCAAGGUUUUGAGGCAUAAAGAUCAGUAUCUAAAGCGAGACCAAGAGCCAGAAAAUGCCGCUGUCAAGCGUGGCAAGGGCAAGCAUCCAGAUUUCGACCGGACACUCAGCAACUACGUCAGGAGGCAGCAACAGCGAGGGUUCCAAGUCAGCGACGAGGAGAUUAUGGAACAGGCGAGGCUUUUUGCUCAUGCGAGUGGAAACCAGGAGAGUGUCUUGAAUAAUUUGAAUAGCAGCUGGCUGCAAAAGUUUAAACAAAAGCAUGGAAUUGGACCAGGCAAGCUCAUGAGGCGGGCUUCAGAGGCAAACAUUCCGGAUAGUGCAAGACUCUCGACACUUACCUCGAAGUCCAGCGAUCUAUCGCCUUCGCCAACGGGCCAGCUUUCACCGCUUUCAGGCAGUCGGAGUGAUGAGGAGGCACACGUUGAUGGAAUAGACUUCGACUUCGGGUAUAAGCAUCCCGAGUCCCAGUCAACAACCUCACUUUCGAGCGACUUUCGAGAUAACACAGCCUCUUCAUUCUCAGCUGGAACCAUGAGCCCGACUGGAACUUUUACUUUCUCCCCUGACCCCAAUGUGGGAGGAUUCCCCAUGGAUCAACUUCGAGGUACCGAUUACCAGCACAGAGAGAAAAGAAGCAACACAUUCCCGUCACUCAACAUUGACUACGUGAAUCAAGUCUCAUCGUCAACGGAACCAAUAACUCCCCGUCACCCUCCAUCUUCAACCGCGCCGUCUUCGGCUUUAGAAUCGCCGCAGCAUGAACUUCAGGCGCCGUUUAGUAUCGAUACAAACGUCAACUCACCCCCUCCAAUGCUACGCCGCAGUAGCAGCAACUCAAGUAUAAAUCGAUCCACAGCAGCGACAAGUGCUACUUCAUCCACACCUCUCGAUUCAUCUCCAGUCUCGCCCUCCCAGGAGGACGCCCGCCGGGCCGCACAGACACUCCUGAACUACAUACAAACUGCUGGCACUUUCGACUCUAACGAUUAUAUGUCAAUCGUUCAGCUGACCAAAAAGCUCAAGAUCCACCAAGGUAGACCGUCGAUAGGAGGACUCUCUCGAAUCCCGGAAGGUGAUGUUGAAGCCCCUGUCCUACUAUCGACCAAGAUGGAAUCGGCUUGA